AGGAUAACUGCUAUUGUGCCAAAACAUCCGGGUUAAACUCAUGACUUAACAUUUUAUUAAAUCACGGUUUUACCACGGAUCUGUUCUGUGUUCUGCAAUCUGAAAGGUGUUGAUUAGUUGUAGUCAUACUUUGCAGUCGUAUUUAAACUGUUUAUAGUAAAUAUUACGCAAGUCUGGUUUUAAUGAUAGGUAAACAAGUCAAAUUCUACCCACAGCGCAGCUGAAUAACAGGAGGUGGUGUGUGUAUCGCACACACGCAUACGUAAGGAAUAAUUGACGACGGGCCGUUGAAUAAUUAGAAAAUAAUGCACACCCGAGGUGGUGAUGAGGCCACGACGCGAAGCGGAGUGUGUGGCGUCAUUUAAAUGGUCUACCAUUUAAUCGAGCAGGCACUUAAAGGGAUAAAGGCGGAGUCUCCAUAUGAUUGUGGAAUAAUAUAAAGAUAUUCUGCGUUUCAAGAGACCCCAGUAGGAAUCAUCUGGUCUGGAUCAGCACAGAAAUGGAGAAGGAGAGAAGAAAAAGAAGAGCUGCUUCUGAAAUGCCCCCCCCUGUGGGGUGUAAGAGAGAGAGCACUGAGAGUGUCCUGAUGAAGAGAGCAGACUCCCCUGUACCCAGCUGUGCUUCCCUGAAGAGUGACAGGUCAAUGGAACACCCGCUCUACUUCAAUAAGGGACAUUUUCCUACAGAACAAAGAGACCAAAUGGAAGAAUGCAGUUCAGAUCUACAUGAUAAAUCGGGUUUAUCAUCCAUAUCGAAGUCACUAGAGGAAAACGCUGUAAAGUUCCUAAAGGACGAGCUGAAGAAGUUUGUGAGGUACCUAGAUCAGAAUUACCCAGAAUGCUCUGAGCCUCAGCUGGAGGAGGACAAUGACCUGGACAGUGAUGGUCAGAUGCAGAAGACCUGUGGUAGAGAGGGAGCUCUGAAGAUCACACUGUACAUCCUGAGGACCAUGAAGCAAAAUGACCUCGCUGACAUGCUGGAGAAGAGACAGCUCAUGCUGCAAUAUCAGUGGGAAAUCAAAUGUAAACUUAAGAAGCAAUUUGAGUGUGUAUUUGAAGGGAAAGCUAAGGGAGGACAGCCAACACUUCUCAGUGAGAUUUACACAGAACUCUACAUAACUGAAGGUGGUACUGGAGGAGUCAAUGAUGAACAUGAAGUGAGACAGAUUGAAACAGCAUCCAAGAAAAGGCGAACAGAAGAUACUACAGUCAAGUGCAAUGAUAUAUUUAAACCUUUAUGUGGGCGUAAGACACCUAUCAGAACUGUACUCACUAAAGGGGUGGCAGGUAUCGGGAAAACAGUCUCUGUGCAGAAAUUUAUUCUCGACUGGGCAGAAGGAAAAGCAAACCAGGAUGUUCACUUCAUAUUUGCUCUUCCUUUCCGGGACCUGAAUUUGAUUAAGGAGGAAUACAGUCUGAUUGAACUGCUUCACCGCUUUGUCCCAGAACUGAAAUCUGUUGAAUCCACUGAGCUGUUUAGGUACAAAGUCUUGUUCAUCUUUGAUGGUCUGGAUGAGUGUCGCCUUCCUCUAGAUUUUCAGAACAAUGAGAGCUGGUUUGAUGCAACAAAGAAAAUGUCACUGGAUGUGCUGUUGACUAACCUCAUUAAGGGGAAUCUGCUUCCAUCUGCUUUCCUCUGGAUAACCUCCCGGCCAGCAGCAGCCAGUCAGAUACCUCCUAAGUGUGUCCACCGGGUGACAGAGAUACGAGGGUUCAGUGAUGCCCAGAAGGAGGAGUAUUUCAAGAGGAGAUUCAGUGAUCAGAGCCUGGCCAGCAGGAUUAUCACACAUGUGAAAUCAUCAAGGAGCCUCUUCAUCAUGUGCCACAUACCUGUGUUUUGCUGGAUUUCAGGCACUGUCCUUGAGAGACUUUUUAGUGAGACUGACAGGGGAGAAAUUCCAAGGACUCUGACUGAAAUGUACACACACUUCCUGAUCUUUCAGGCGAGUUUAAAAAUAGACAAAUAUUCGAAAAACGAUGAAACCAAGCUUAAUGAAUACAGCAAGGAAUUCCUUUUGAAACUUGGUAAACUGGCUUUUGACAACCUUGAGAAAGGCAAUCUCAUAUUUUAUGAGCAAGAUCUGACAGAGAAUGGCAUUGAUGUCACUGAAGCUUCAGUUUACUCUGGAGUGUGCACAGAAGUCUUUAAGGAGGAAUAUGGGUUGUAUGAGAAGGUGUACUGCUUUGUGCAUCUGAGCAUCCAGGAGUAUCUCGCUGCUUUAUAUGUGUUUCUAUCAAAAAGAUCAGUUAAACUGCUGGAGACUGCAGUGGAUCAGGCAUUAAAGAGCACGAAUGGACACUUGGACCUUUACCUCCGCUUCCUCCUGGGCCUCUCAACAAACUCCAGUCAGACUCUGUUACAAAGACUACUGGGACAGACAGGAACCAGCUCACAUAAUAUUACAGAAACAGCCAAAUUCAUCAAGUGGAAAAUACAGGAGAAUUUAUCUCCAGAAAGGACCAUCAACCUGUUCCACUGUCUGAAUGAACUGGGUGACAAUUCUCUAGUAGAGGAAGUACAAAGAUACCUGAAUUCAGGAAGCCUUUCAGCAGAAGACCUCUCACCUGCACAGUAUUCAGCUCUGGUGUUUGUGUUACUGGUGUCAGAUGAGGAGCUGGAUGUGUUUGAUCUGAAGAAAUACAUCAGAUCAGAUGAAGAGCACUGGAGGUUGCUGCCUGUGGUCAAGAACUCCAGGACAGCUCUGCUGAAAGGCUGUGGUCUCAUAGAUAAACACUGUGAAGUGUUGACAUCAGCUCUAAGAUCAAACUCCUCACCCCUGAGAGAGCUGGACCUGAGUGACAAUGACCUGCAGGAUUCAGGAGUGAAGCUGCUCUGUGCUGGACUGGGGGAUUCACGGUGUAAACUGGAGAUACUAAGACUGUCAGGCUGUAGAGUCACAGAAGAAGGCUGUUCUUCCCUGGCUUCAGCUCUAAGGUCAAACUCCUCACACCUGAGAGAGCUGGACCUGAGCUACAAUCAACCAGGAGACUCAGGAGUGAAGCUGCUCUCUGCUGUACUGGAGGAUCCCAGCUGUAAACUGGAGAAGCUGCAGGUGAACAGCUGUAAUCUCACAGAGAGAUUCUGUGAGGUGCUGGCUUCACCUUUAAAAUCAAAUUCUUCACACCUGAGAGAGCUGGACCUGAGCGACAAUGACCUGCAGGAUUCGGGAGUGAAGCUGCUCUCUGCUGGACUGUGGGAUUCACACUGUAAACUGGAGAUACUUAGGCUGUCAGGCUGUAGAGUCACAGAAGAAGGCUGUUCUUCCCUGGCUUCAGCUCUGAGGUCAAACCCCUCACACCUGAGAGAGCUGGAUCUGAGCUACAAUCACCCAGGAGACUCAGGAGUGAAGCUGCUCUCUGCUGUACUGGAGGAUCCCAGCUGUAAACUGGAGAAGCUGAAUGUGGACCACGGUGGAGAGUGCAGGACCAGACCAGGCGUACAGAAAUACUCCUGCCAGCUGACACUGGACCCCAACACAGCAAACAGAUUCCUGUCUCUGACAGGGGGGAAUAGGAAGGCGACAGGGGGGGCAAAGCAGCCAUAUCCUGAUCAUCCAGAGAGAUUUGAUGUCUGCCCCCAAGUUCUGUGCAGAGAGAGUCUGACUGGCUGCUGUUACUGGGAGGCUGAGUGGGAUGGAGAUGGAGCCUGGAUAGGAGUGACUUAUAAAGGGAUCGGGAGGAAAGGAGGGAGUGACUGUCGGCUUGGAUACAAUGACAAGUCAUGGAGUCUGUGCUGCUAUCCUGACAGAUACUCUGUCCGGAACAAUAAUAAACGAACUGAUAUACCCAUAGAGCCCUCAGGCUCCCGCAGAGUAGGAGUGUAUCUGGACUGGGGGGCUGGUGCUCUGUCCUUCUACAGAGUUUCCUCUGAUGGACUGACCCUCCUACACAGAUUCACCUCCUCAUUCAAUGAGCCUCUCUAUUCAGGGUUUUGGGUUGAUAUAAAAUCCUCAGUGUCGCUGUGCAUGCUGGGAUAGCUCACUGUGUGCUGGAGGAAUAAUCUUUACUUAAUCUUAGGGUGUGGAUGCUGCUGGCUCUCCAUGGUAAAUCAUCUACCCAACCCAUAUAAUCCUUUUUACUCUGAAAUGAUUCGUGCCCAUUGCUUCCGGGAUAGGCUCCGGACCCCCCGCGACCCAGUAGGAUAAGCGGUUUGGAAAAUGGAUGGAUGGAUGGAUGAUUGUUAGACAAAAAUUAAUUACUGGGUUCAGGAAGCUGAACAAACAUGCAAAAUAAGAGUUUUCCAUCCAUCCAUCCAUUUUCCAAACCGCUUAUCCUACUGGGUCAUGGGGGGUCCGGAGCCUAUCCCGGAAACAAUGGGCACAAGGCAGGGAACAACCCAGGAUGAGGGGCCAGCCCAUCCAUCCAUGAUUCACCUAUAAUAUUAUUGUAUUAAGGUUAAACUGCAUAACCAUGUUUUUUUUUUUUUUUAUCUCUCUGAUCACUUAUAUAACUUGUUUUUCACAACAAGAGCAUCCUUAUCUUAUGUGAAAGACUCCUCGUUCUGGGAUGCUUACCCUAUUCAGGACACUUACGAUGUUUCCCCGGGUUUGGAGGGGCUUGCUGGAGACAGGGAAAGGUGCUGCUCAAUAUAAUAAAAUUUUUGUACGCCA